CAGUCCAAGCUCAACUUUCACGUCCGUUCACGCCGAUGUCCUCGUUCGCAAAUGGCUGGGGCGAACUUGUACCGCGAAUACAUGAAAAUCUGCAGCGUCUGGCGCGCUGAUCCCGUGCGGAGCGGCAAAUGCCUGGGCGAGUACGUGCGGCGUAGGGUGGCCGAAGAGUUUCGCCAUAGUGAGCAGACCGUGGUGCCGGACGCCGAACUGUGCACCCGCCGACUCGAGAGCCUCCGAGCCGUCGCCUCAGAUCGGUACGCCAAGCAGUACCCCAGGGUCUCCGUGUCCUCGGCCACGGGGCUCACUAGGGCCGAGUGCGCCAAGGUGGUCGUCGAGAACCUGCACACCGCCGAGGGAGCCGAACAGGAGAAGUCGCUGCUCGCGAAGCUCAAGGAACGGCUCUCUUUCAAGACCGACACAUCGCCGCCUGCUGAACGCAGGAAGUGAGGAGCGAGUAGCUGUGCAACCUGCCGUGUUCUUUGGUGUUUGUAGUCACUGCCCUGUCCCGGUUUGGAGUUUCGUAGAGAUUCUUCGAGCGAGAGA